CUGGAGGCGGGCCGGGGGCGGGGAGCCGGCAGGAUGCAGUCACGCCGGGGGCGGGCCGGGUCCGGGAUGACUCAGCCGCCGGGCGCUGCCCCUUCCGCGGCCGCCGAGGGAUCGCGGGGCCGGCGGGGGCUGUGCGGGGCCGUGCGGGGCGGUGGAGUGUCCCGUUCUCUAGCCAAGAUGUGGACGUCCGUGGCCAUCCUGUGUGUCCUGGUGGCCUUCGCCAAUGCUCGCAGCAUUCCUUACUACCCUCCUCUCUCCACCGACUUGGUCAACCACAUAAACAAGCUCAACACCACCUGGAAGGCAGGGCACAACUUCCACAAUGCUGACAUGAGCUAUGUGAAGAAGCUCUGUGGCACCUUCCUGGGUGGGCCCAAGCUCCCCGAGAGGGUGGAUUUUGCUGCAGACAUGGAGCUGCCCGAUAACUUUGACUCACGGACUCAGUGGCCUAACUGUCCUACCAUCAAUGAGAUAAGAGACCAGGGCUCUUGCGGCUCUUGCUGGGCUUUCGGCGCUGUAGAAGCGAUUUCGGACAGGAUCUGCGUUCACACGAACGCCAAGGUGAGCGUGGAGGUCUCAGCGGAGGACUUGCUGUCGUGCUGCGGCUUCGAGUGUGGCAUGGGGUGCAAUGGUGGUUACCCCUCCGGCGCCUGGAGGUACUGGACAGAGAGAGGCCUCGUGUCUGGGGGUCUCUACGAUUCCCAUGUGGGCUGCCGUCCCUACUCCAUCCCACCCUGUGAGCACCACGUCAACGGCUCCCGGCCACCAUGCACCGGGGAGGGGGGUGAAACCCCCAGGUGCAGCCGUCACUGUGAACCUGGCUACUCGCCCUCGUACAAGGAGGACAAGCACUACGGCAUCACAUCCUACGGUGUCCCUCACAGUGAGAAGGAAAUCAUGGCUGAGAUCUACAAGAACGGCCCAGUGGAAGGAGCCUUUAUUGUCUAUGAGGACUUCCUGAUGUACAAGUCUGGGGUCUACCAGCACGUGUCCGGUGAGCAGGUUGGAGGUCACGCCAUCCGGAUCCUGGGCUGGGGGGUGGAAAACGGCACUCCAUACUGGCUGGCCGCCAACUCCUGGAACACCGACUGGGGGGACAACGGCUUCUUUAAAAUCCUCAGAGGAGAGGACCACUGCGGCAUCGAGUCGGAGAUCGUGGCUGGCAUCCCCAGGCCGGAGCAGUACUGGAAGAGGGUGUAACCCUCUUCAUCAAACCACAAAUAAUGCCGAGUCCCCGAUGCUUUUAACUGAUAGUGGGUUGGGUGCAGAGCCCCCCCCCCCUUCUAUGAGACUAUAGUUGAGGUUACUUUAUUAAAGCUUUUUAUCUUUUUUUUUUUUUUUUUUUUUAAUUGUAUGGUGGAGCUGGAGGUGGGACUGCUCUCUGCAAGCCCUCUGCUCCUGGUGGGUCGCAGCUGUGGGGCGUUCCCUGCUCAAAGGACUGCUGGAGGGCUCGCUGGCCUCUUGCACCAUGGUGUUUGGGGUUAGCCCGGACCCCUUCCAGCCCAGUCUGUUCCUGGGAGGGUAGGAAGCGGUAGCUUUGUGCUGGGACGAGGGACUUAGUGGGGCAGCAGAGGUGGACCCUGCUGGGAAGCCAUGGCCAGAUGUGAUUUCUGCACCCUUGAUGGGGUUGGUCUGACUGUUGGCACCCAAAACCAGCAGGGUACAUGAGUGUGUGCCUUCAAUUGGUUAAACUUAGACCUAUUCAUGACGAAAUACUGAUGAACUUGAUGUGGGGCUGGCCAGGCCACGUUAAGGCCCCUCCUGCCUGCCACACAUCCUUUGUGCAUCGCUUGCUCCACUCCAUCCCUUCGGCUGCUGUUUUUAAACCACUUGUUCCUCAGCUUUUUUGAUGUGUUGGGUGGGUUUGGUGUUUUUUUGUUUGGUUUUUUUUUUUUUUUCUGCUGUAGUCUGGGGUUAUUGAUCCUUGGGAAGGGCCUGGCCGGAGCUCCACGAGCCUUUGAUCAAAUGUCCUGCAAGCAGAUAGGGAAGAGCAAACCACUUGGCACCAUGGGUGGCUGGGCAGCGUGGUGGGUCACGUCUUGGCCGAGGUCCCGUGUCCAAAGCUGGUGUGAUGCUGAGCAGAGAUGUUCCCUGAGGCUGCGUCUGGGAACUCAUGCAAACGCUUGGAGGUAUCUCGCUAACUUGCACACAACUGAGGGGUUGGGGUUUUUUUUGAGCCACAGGCAUUAAGGAAGAAGAAAAAACUUAUUUUUGUUACCAGGGGGAGGUGUAAUAGCUGUGUAGGAGGAAUCAUGUGAUUUGCCAACACUAAUAUAGUGAAAGAGCUUCUCCUUUUUUUUUUUUUUUUUUUUUUUAAAUUUUAAAGCACAAAGUAUAUUGCUGAGCAGAGGCUACAGGCCUGAAAUGCGUGAAGCGGGCUCUCCCUUGCACAGUACAAUAGCCCCUGACCUCUGCUUACUGGGACACCAGUGAGACAGAGCUGUGGUGUAUAUGAUUGGAACAACUGUGCCAAUAAAUGAUUUCUCCAGUG